CAAAAAAAGAGAAGAAAUUCCACACAAGAUUGAGACAUCGUUAUAACAAGGUUGUUUCAUGAUCAAAGAUAGGUAUGACAGCCAAACGUUUUCUUGGGGUAAUAGCUAAAAUCUAAUGUUUGACCUAUAUGGAAGGCCUAAUAUUUUCCUCUGAUCUGUUUAUUAUUCCAACCGAACAUAUAGGGGAAAAUUAAAACCGUUAUUUGUUGAAUAGCAGGGCUAAAUUUGGCGCCAGUCAACUGGCGGUUAGGAAUUGUAGGAAUAGUAGAAAAUGACUCCCCUAUCAAACUGUCUCAUUGGUUUUUUCUCUUCCCUUUUUUUGAUCUCCGUCCAUUGAGUUCUUAACCCACCUCGGUUCGGCUCCAACAAUGGCCGCCGAAGCACUGCCCGGGGUGGAGCUCCAAAAGAUACUGGUGGCAGAGGAGAAAGAGGAUACCUCCGUCGAGAAUAGCCCUGUUGAAUCAGAAAGUGAUGAAGAUGAUGAUUUUGAAUUCAUAAACCAAGGAGAUGAGGAACAAAGUACAAACCAUUGUAUUGAUCAAAUGAGUAGGAAGAAGAAGAAAGCGUUGUUGGAAUUUAGAUGCAGGGUCGAGGACUCAAUCUUGGGUAACUAUCUUCUUGGAAAACCUCAGAAGUUUCUGUCUCAAGACGAAAGCAUUAAGCAAAGGGCCAUUCUUAAAGAAACUACACUUUGGGGUGUGCCUCUAUUGCCCAGUAAAUCCCACGAAGGAACUGAUAUUGUGCUCCUGAAAUUCUUGAGGGCCAAAGAUUUUAAGGUCCACGAGGCGUUUCAGAUGCUGAGGAGGACCCUGAAAUGGAGACUGGAGUACAAAACGGACGAAGUUAUUGAUGAAACGUUGGGCCCUUUGGAUAUUGAAAAUAAGUUUCUGUACUACAAUAGCGUAGACAAGCAAGGUAGGCCUUUGUGUUAUCAUAUUUAUGAGGCUUUUAAAGACGAGGAGUUUUGCAACAAGGUUUUUGGCUCGGAAGACAAGUGUAAAGAAUUCUUGAGAUGGAGGAUUCAUGUUCUGGAAAAGGGUAUCAAGAAGCUUAGUUUUAAGAAUGGUGGGGUGAGCUCUAUUGUCCAGAUCAUAGACUUGAAGAACUCUCCUGGACCAGCCCUGAAGGAGCUUCGUUCGUUUAGCAAGAAAGCUUUGGUUCUUCUCCAAGAGAACUAUCCUGAGCUCAUAUACAAGAAUAUUGUAAUCAAUGUUCCAUUUUGGUACUAUGUGGUACACCUUUUACGAUCACGAUUCUUAACUCACAAGACAAAAAAGAAGUUUGUGUUCGCAAGAUCAACAGAAGUUACGAAGACCCUUCUCAAGUUUAUAGCACCAGAGAACAUCCCAGUUCAAUAUGGUGGCCUAAAAAGAGAGAACGACGAAGAUUUCUCUCCUCUAGAUGAAGCUUCAGAGCUGAAGAUCAAAGGAAACUCAACUGUCUAUAUAAAAUUUCCAGUUUCAGAGGUUGGUUUAACGAUGGUGUGGGAUUUUACUGUGAUUGGAUGGGAUGUGUCGUAUAAGGAGGAGUUCAUCCCUGAUGAUGAAGGGUCGUAUAAGAUUCUUCUUCAAAACCAGAAGAAAGUUGGACAGAGUGUUAGAAAUUCUUUCUAUAUUAGUGAACCAGGAAAAAUAUGUAUAACCAUUGACAAUCCUCAUUACAAAAAGAAGAGGGUUUUAUAUAGAUCUAAAGCCAAGCCCACUGUCCCCAUGUACAUCCUUUUUAAAAAUUAAUCCAUUUUUUAUUCUUUUAUUACAUGUAUUAAUUCUUUUGGACUCAUGAGUUUGGUUAAUUUAAUUUAUGAGACCUAUUUAUUUAGAGAAUAUGCCAAACUACACAAGUGUUGUACUGUUAUUGUAAUUGAACAUCGAGUUCUACACAUUUUAAUUUAAUAAGUAUUAUGAGUGUUGCUAAUUAAUUAUAGAGUAUCAAUUCAUGUAUUAUUUGACGUAUUGU